AUGGCACCAAUUUUGCUGAACUGCUUGGGGAAUGACCACAAUGAGUAUAUCAAACAACAGGUCCAGGUGAAAAAUCCCCACUUGGACACUAUGGAAGAGGAUAUUCUCUACCACUUUAGCUUAGGCACCAAGACUCACAACCUUCCAGAGAUGUUUGGAGAUAUCAAGUUUGUGUGUGUCGGUGGAAGUGCAAAUCGCAUGAGGGCCUUUGCCCAGUUUAUACACCAGGAGCUACAGCUGCCUGGAAACAGUGAGGAGAUCAGAGAUAUCUGUGAGGGAACAGAUCGCUACUGCAUGUAUAAAGUGGGACCAGUGCUCUCCAUAAGUCAUGGUAUGGGUGUCCCCUCCAUCUCCAUCAUGCUGCAUGAGCUAAUCAAACUGCUGCAUCAUGCCCACUGCCGUGACGUGGUCCUCUUUCGCAUCGGGACAUCUGGUGGAGUUGGUCUGGCUCCAGGGACCGUGGUGAUCUCAAGUAAAGCAGUGGAUCACUCCUUCCACCCCCAGUUUGAGCAGGUGGUUCUGGGCAAGGUUAUCACCCGGAGUACUGAACUGGACGAGGGACUGGCCAAUGAGCUUCUGCAGUACUCAACUGAGCUCCAAGACCUGCCAACAGUGAUAGGAAACACCAUGUGCACACAUGACUUCUAUGAAGGCCAAGGCCGACUUGAUGGGGCUCUCUGCUCCUUCUCUCCAGAAGAAAAACUGGAGUAUUUGAGGAAAGCCCAUGAGGCGGGAGUGAGGAAUAUUGAGAUGGAAUCUACUGUUUUUGCCGCUAUGUGCCGUGUCUGUGGCCUCAAAGCGGCUGUGAUCUGUGUAACACUGCUGAACCGUUUUGAGGGAGACCAGAUCACCACACCUCAUGAUGUUCUGGUGGAGUACCAGCAGAGACCUCAGGUCCUGGUGUCCCACUUCAUCAAGAAACGCCUGGGACUAAUUAUCUGA